AUGGACGCUGCAGCUGGAGGAUCCAUUAAUAACAAGACCCCUGAAGUUGCCCAUGCACUCAUUGAGGAGAUGGCUGCAAACAAUUACCAGUGGCAUUCUGAAAUAGCCCAAGUUAGGAGACAACCCGGUCUUCACAAUGUAGACACCUAUACAACACUAUCUGCACAAAUCGGCGCCCUCAGCAAGAAGAUAGAUGAAAUGCAAUUGGCAGCCAUGCAUGUCCAAACCGUAGUCUGUGAAUGGUGUGGGGGAGGUCAUAAAAGCACUGAAUGUCAAGUUGGAAAUCAAUUCAUGCAGUCCCCCAAGCAAGUAGAUUUCAUAGGGAAUUUGCAAAGGCAGCAAGGUAAUCAAUACCCUCGUGCAUUUAACCCCGGAUGGAGGAAUCACCCCAAUUUGUCUUGGUCAAAUCAAAAUGUGGUGAAACCCUUCCAUCAAAAUUUCACUCAGCCAGAAAAGAAAUUUAAUCUAGAGGAGCUGAUGACCAAGUUCAUAGCAAGUGCGGAAACGAGAUUUCAGAACCAAGAGGCAUCAAUCAAGAACUCGGAAACUCAAGUGGGGCAGUUGGCACAGAUGAUAUCCUCUAUAGUCCAAGGCGCUUUACCCAGCAAUACCGAAGCAAAUCCAAGAGAGCAGGUGCAAGCCAUUACUUUGAGAAGUGGUAAGGAGCUGCAAGAGGUGGAGAAGAAAGCAAAGGAAGAAGAUGCCUUAGCCCAGAUGCCACACUAUGCAAAUUUCCUGAAGRAAAUAUUGGCGAACAAAAGGAAACUGGGAGACGUGGCUACAGUUGCACUUAAUGAAGAAUGCUCAGCAAUCCUCCUCAACAAGCUGCCUCAGAAACUGAAAGAUCCAGGGAGUUUCACUAUUCCUUGCGCUAUAGGCAGUUUGAAAAUUAACAAGGCUUUGUGUGAUUUAGGAGCUAGUAUAAAUUUGAUGCCCUAUUCGGUUUUUAAGAAAUUAUCGUUGGGUGAACCCCAACCCACUAGAGUUGCAUUGCAAUUAGCCGAUAGGUCCAUCAAGCAUCCUAGGGGAAUCAUAGAAGAUGUGCUUGUUAAGGUUGAUAAAUUCAUUUUUCCAGUAGAUUUCAUAAUGUUAGACAUGCAAGAGGACGUUGAUGUCCCACUUAUCCCAGGGCGACCCUUCCUAGCUACGGGAAAGGCAAUAAUUGAUGUCCAAGAAGGGUUAACAGGUCGGCCGAUCCCCUUGAGCUAUGCAUACAAGAAGGAUAAGCCAUAA